GCACUUGCCAGAUACCUCACAGAGCUCGUCGAGAAACCCAUCACAUUCGAGGAAUUCCGAACCACUCAGAAUCAUCUGCUUACUCCUUUGUGUCGGCAUCUGCUCCAUGACGUACACCACCCAGCAUUGGUUGCAGCACUGCUCGUUCUCAAAGGCCACUUUGUCACCCUUGAGGCCGACGAGGAGCAGGGUAUCCACGCCGCUAGAGGAUUCGCUUGUGAAGCGGUCGCUACAAGAUUUAUUAUCGGAUUGGCUGACAGGGAGAUAAUCGAUUCGCUUCUUUACGAGUUACAAAUUCCUGAUAUUUCGGAGACUGACAACCAAAUCGUGGAUGAAAAUCAGCCGGAGCUCCUAUCACCGGCCACUGAACAAUCUCCCCUGCUGCCACGAUCGAGUCUACGUUCUCGCGGAAGCUACAGAAGCAGGCUCACCAUUCCGGAAGCCUAUGACGGAGCAGCCGAAGAGUCAACUGCUGCUUCUGAUGCCGAACUGGCCGAACAAUUCGAUGGUCUCAAUGCCUUAGAAAUCGCAGCUGUGUCAGGAGCCAAGAAGUUCCUCUGUCAAAAACAGGUCCAAAGAAUCAUCAAUGCAAUUUGGACUGGAGACAUCAUGUUCUGGAACAAACUCAGCGCGGAUGCGCAGAAAAAGGCACAAAUCUACCAGCGCAAGUCCAUGGAUCCUUACUGUCGCUUGCGUGUCCCCAUCUAUCUCAAGGCCUUUGAAGUCCUCUUCUUUAUCGCAUUUCUCGCAUUUUAUUUCGCUGUUCUGAUGCAGCGCUCGUUCUAUUCGGUAACCACAGCUGAGGUCUUCCUCUACAUCUGGAUCGCGUCAUUUGCUCACAACGAAAUUGGAGAGUACUGGGACGCUGGUUCCACAACCUUCUAUCUCGCGGACUUUUGGUCUCUCUGGGAUUUGUUCGUGAUUGGCAUUGGAGUCGCAUUUUUCGUCACUCGUAUGAUUGGCCUGCAUCAAGGAAGCGACAAAAUCAUCGACACAUCCUUCGACAUUCUGGCACUUGAAGCACUGUUUCUUAUUCCUAGAAUCUGCUCUCCACUGCUCUCCUUGAAUCCUUAUUUUGGCACCCUGCUUCCAUGUCUCACUGCCAUGACAAAGGACUUUCUCAAGUUCCUUUCGCUUGUGGCAAUAUUGUACUGUGGUUUCUUAUCGACCUUUUGCCUUCUAGGCAGAGGCCAGUUUACCUCCCGUCAGAUGGCCCUUAUUCUAACGAAGGUGUUCUUUGGAAGCUCAUAUCUGGGCUUCGAAAUAAGCGAUAAGAUCUCACCCUAUCUUGGACUUCCGUUGAUGCUAAUUUUUAUAACGUUGACACAAAUCCUUCUGAUCACUUCGCUCAUCUCGAUUUUGUCUAACAGUCUCUCAAAUGUUCUCUCACAUGCCAGGGAAGAGUACCUAUAUGUUUACUCGGUCUUUGUGCUCGAAGCUUCAACAUCGAACAGACUCACCUAUUUUGUUCCUCCUUUGAACCUGUUCUCACUUGCUCUGAGACCUCUGAGACUGUUCUUGUCUGCCGAGCAAUUACGCUACAGUCGCAUUGUAGUUCUCAAGAUGACUCAUUUGCCUCAUGUACUGCUCAUCAAUUUGUACGAGAAGAUGCAAUCUGUGCGUAGAAAGAACACUACUGGAUUUGGUCUAGGAUCGCCUCGAGGUAUCGAAAAGCCACCCGGUUGGAGACGAUCUGUCUUGAACAAGAGACUUUCAACGCGAUUUCCGCUAUUGGCGCCAAACUCGAGACCGGACACGGGCGUGGACCAAUCGCAGGGCUCGUCAGUCUCACAGCCUUCGGCUUCUGCAGCUCCCGUCAACGACAUGAAGGCCGUGCUCGAUCAGCUCACUCUGCAGAUAGCACAGCUCAGAGAUGUGAUCGAAGAGCAAGAGCGCCAGCUCCAAGCGAACAAUACAGAUUAG